UCUAUAAAACCUCCCGGCGCCGGCGCUUCUCAUCGCUCCCCCCUCUCCUCCCCUUAUUCCAUCUCAAUCGCUCUCCGCGUUCCUUUUUCCGCCAGAUCGAUCGCGCGAUGGCGUCGGACCGUUGGGUGUUCACCGCCGCCCUGUUUCUGGCGGCGGCGGCGGCGACCGUGUGCUACGCCGCCGACCCCCAAGCCCACUUCGAUUGGAACGUCUCCUACAUCACCGUCGCCCCUCUCGGCGUCAGUCAGAAGGUGAUCGCAGUGGCGGAUCGGUUUCCCGGCCCGGUCAUGAACGUGACCACCAACUGGGUCGCAACCGUCAACGUGCACAACAACUUGGACGAGCCUCUGCUGUUCACAUGGAACGGCAUACAACUGCGCAGGGAUAGCUGGGACGACGGGGUUCUGGGCACGAACUGCCCGAUCCCGCCGGGGACGAACUGGACCUACAGCUUCCAAGUCAAGGACCAGAUCGGAAGCUUCUUCUACUUCCCAUCGCUUCUCCUGCAGCGCGCCGCCGGCGGUUACGGCGGCAUCAUAGUCAACAACCGCGCCGUCAUCCCUGUUCCUUUCUCAAAGCCGCACGGCGACGUCCACCUUUUCAUCGGCGAUUGGUACACCAAGAACCACACCGCGCUGAGGAAGAUGCUCGAUGAAGGGAAGGAUCUCGGCGUUCCUGAUGGCGUUUUGAUGAAUGGAAAGGGGCCGUAUCGAUACAACGCCACGCUCGUUCCUCGCGGCAUCGAGCACGAGACCAUCAAUGUUGAGCCAGGAAGAACAUAUCGAUUUCGCGUCCACAAUGUUGGCGCAUCCACCAGCUUGAACUUUAGGAUCCAAAAUCACGACUUGUUGCUCGUGGAAGCUGAGGGAACAUACACAGUGCAACAGAUCUACUCCAACCUUGACAUACACGUCGGGCAAUCUUACUCUUUCUUGGUCACCAUGGAUCAGAAUGCGAGCACCGAUUUCUAUAUCGUAGCGAGCGCUAGAUUUACGAAUGGAUCGCUUUGGGAUCGAGUUAUUGGUGUCGCAAUCCUGCACUAUUCCAAUUCUAGAGGAAAAGCAUCAGGCCCUCUCCCAGAUGCGCCUAAUGACUUCUAUUACAAAGGUUACUCUAUGAACCAAGCCAGGUCUAUCAGGACGAAUCUAACUACUGGUGCUGCACGCCCGAAUCCUCAAGGGUCAUACAAAUAUCGUACGAUCAAUGUGACUCAUGUAUACGUGCUGAAGAACACACCACUACAGAUCAUCGACGGAAAACUUAGAGCUACAAUCAAUGGUAUUUCAUACUUGCCGCCGACGACACCAUUGCGCCUUGCGGAUGAGUACAAGAAGACUGGAGUUUAUACGCUUGAUUUCCCCUCUGUCCCUGGCGAUGAACCUCCUCGAAUGGGAUCGUCUGUGAUAAAUGGAGCAUACAAGGGUUUCAUGGAGAUGAUAUUUCAGAAUAAUGGUACCAGGAUUCAGACUUACCACAUGGAUGGCUAUGCGUUCUAUGUAGUCGGAAUGGGUUAUGGAGACUGGACAAAUAAUUCUAGAGGAUCAUACAAUAUGUGGGACGCUGUUUCUCGCAGUUCAACUCAGGUUUAUCCUGGUGCAUGGACUGCUGUGUUGGUCUCUUUGGACAACGUCGGAGUUUGGAACAUCCGUGCACAGAAUCUAGAUACAUGGUACCUUGGGCAGGAGGUCUAUAUGAGAAUCAUCAACCCUGAGCCUAACAACAGGACCGAACUACCUAUGCCUGAUAAUGUACUCUAUUGUGGCGUCCUUAAAGAUUUUGUAAACCCUCAUCAGUACAAUAGUGGAAAUGCCUCUGCUUCUUCUCCUCUAAAUGCGGGAGGCAUGCUAACCAGAUGUCUUAUAUUCUUAUUUUCAGUUAUUCUGUUACAAUGGUUAGAUGGGUAGUAGAGGAGAAUUCUCAUUUAUAUAUGUGUAAGAAAGGGCAUUGGAACCCAAAGGUUUUGUGGUUGACUUUUAAGUCUGCCA